AUGGGUGGUAAUUACUCCGCUAUGAAUCCGAUGGAAGUGCCUGUGCCCGAUCUAAAAAAGUUAUUUGAAAGAGAUGGGUAUUUGAAGCCCUACGAGCGUGAGAUUCGCAGACGGUAUGCAUGUUUUAAAGAUCUAUGGGAUAAAAUUCAAUCAUGGGAAGGUGGAGUGGAAGCUUUUACCACAGGAUAUCGGUAUUUUGGACCUCAAUUUGGUGCAUACGGAUCAGUAGUUUGGCGUGAAUGGGCUCCUGGAGCACAUUCUUUGCAUUUGCAAGGGGAUUUCAAUGACUGGAAUCCCAAGAGCCACCCAUUCAAAAAGCUAGAGUUCGGCAAAUGGGAAUUAUAUAUACCUGAAAAUAAAGAUGGUUCAUGUCCCAUCAAGCACGGGAGCCGCGUCCAACUCAUUGUAAAUGACAAUUUGUACAGAGUAUCUCCUUGGGCUAGCUAUGUGAAACCAUUUGAAGGGUUUACAUAUCAGCAAUUUAUUUACAAUCCAGAUCAGCCUUACCAAUUCAAACAUAAAAAAGUUAACAGGCCAGCUUCUCUACGUAUUUAUGAAUGUCACGUCGGCAUUGCCACUAAUGAAGGGAGAGUUGGUACAUAUUUGGAGUUUAAGGACAAUGUGCUACCUAGAAUUAAGGACUUAGGAUACAAUGCUAUACAAUUGAUGGCGAUUAUGGAACAUGCAUAUUAUGCUUCCUUUGGCUACCAAGUUACGAGUUUCUUUGCGGCUAGCAGCCGUUAUGGAACUCCUUGCGAGCUCAAACAACUAAUAGAUAGAGCUCACGAACUGGGUAUAUACGUGCUACUUGAUGUGGUCCAUUCUCAUGCUUCUAAGAAUACUUUAGAUGGACUCAAUGAAUUCGAUGGUACUAAUGCUUGCUAUUUCCACGACGGUGCCAGAGGAACUCACAGUUUAUGGGAUAGCAGACUUUUUAAUUACUCUGAAGUUGAAGUUUUAAGAUUUUUGCUCUCUAAUCUUCGGUGGUAUCAGGAGGAAUAUCAGUUUGAUGGAUUCAGAUUUGAUGGUGUCACAUCUAUGUUGUACCAUAGUCGUGGCAUUGGACAAGGAUUUUCUGGUCAUUAUGAUGAAUAUUACGGGCUUAAUGUGGACACUGAGGCUCUUGUGUACCUGAUGCUUGCUAAUGAACUUAUUCAUUCUACCGAUAGCAGAGCUAUUACAAUUGCUGAGGAUGUCUCAGGUAUGCCCGCGUCCUGUCGACCAGUACGUGAAGGUGGUACCGGAUUUGACUAUCGACUCGGAAUGGCCAUUCCAGAUAUGUGGAUUAAGUUGCUUAAAGAAGAACGCGACGAAGACUGGAAAAUGGGACACAUUGUACACACUCUUACAAAUAGGAGGUGGAUGGAAGGCACUGUGGCUUACGCUGAAAGCCAUGAUCAAGCUCUGGUAGGCGAUAAAACAAUAGCAUUUUGGCUAAUGGACGCAGCUAUGUAUACCCAUAUGAGCACAUUGAGUGAGUCGAACCCUGUUAUAGAACGUGGACUGGCUUUACACUGCAUGAUACGACUCAUCACUCAUGCCUUGGGAGGAGAAGCGUAUCUGAACUUUAUAGGUAAUGAAUUUGGUCACCCGGAAUGGUUAGAUUUUCCACGGGCAGGAAAUAACUCAUCAUAUCACUACGCGCGUCGCCAGUGGCACCUCGUAGAUGACGAUCUCUUGAAAUAUAAAUUCUUAAAUAAUUUUGAUAAGGACAUGAACGCACUUGAAGAAAAAUAUGGAUGGUUGAGAUCUAAUCCUGCGUACGUAUCAUGCAAACAUGAUGGCGACAAAGUAAUAGCCUUCGAACGUGCUGGUCUUCUGUUUGUAUUCAAUUUCCACCCCUACCAAAGCUUUACCGAUUACAGGGUAGGAGUUGACGUUGCUGGCAAAUAUCAGGCUGUUCUUUGUUCAGAUAGUAAAAAGUAUGGUGGAUUUGGAAGAGUGGAGCCAGAUGGUGAAUUUCAUCACACACAAGGCGUUCCAUGGGGAAACAGGAAUGAUUCUGUGCAGGUCUAUAUUCCAUGCCGCACUGCAUUGGUGUAUGCUCGCUGUGAA